UACCAUUUUCUAUUCUUGUGGGGACCAAAUUGAUAGCGAUGAAUGUUAUCUAAAUGUGUUUUUUUUUUGUUUUUUUUUUUGUAUGUAGCAUGUCUAUUACCGUAGCUUUUCAUCAUGGAGGGUUAUUUGUUAGGGAUUGGUUGAUAUGUUACAAAGGUGGUGAAGAAUCAGUGUUUAAUUUAGAUGUUGAUAAGUGGUGUUAUUUUGAACUAGAAGGGUAUGCAAAUGAUUUACAAAAACAAUAUAAUUAUGGGAAAAGGUAUAGGAUGUGGUGGAAGGUUGAAGAAGAGGUUGAUUUCAAGUUAGUUAGGUUAGAUGAAGAUGUUGUAGUAAUGAAGGAGUAUGCUACUAAAAAGAUAUGUAAGCUUGAUAUAUUCAUUGAGCAUGAUGUUGUUGAAAGUGAUGGUGUUGUUGUUAAUGUUCCUAAGUAUAUAGAAGAAUCUGAACCUGUUAAGAAUAGCAGUUGUAAGGGGAAGGAAAAAGUGGUUGAAAGUGAAGGUUCUGAGGAUGAGCAAGUUGAUGCUGGUGGAUAUAGUGGUGAUGAAGAUUCUGAUGUUAGAGGAGACAGGUUUGAUGACAGUGAAGAAGAGAGAGGUUUAGGAAUGGAGGAUGGGUUUGGUUUAGCUGAUUCUAAUUAUCUCAUGAUUGAAGGUCCAAGUACUACUCACUCUGAUCAAAGAAAUGAAGAUGAGAAGUUAUUAGAUAGGGUUGAAAUAGAUGUUGAUUAUGAAAGUGAUUCAUUGGCCAGCUCUGACCCUGAUGAUUCUGAUGAGGAAAAAGGUAAAAGAUAUGAAAAGUUUAGGAUGGAACAGCUUAACAAGAAAUUCAAGUUCAAGGUUGGCAUGGAGUUUAGGUCCCUAGCUGAGUUCAAGGAAGCAUUUACUGAGUGGAAUGUAAUAAAUGGGUGGGAGUUUAAGAUGGUGAAAAAUGAUCAUUUAAGGGUUAGGGCAGUUUGCAAUCAUAAGUUAAUGCAACUACUGGUAAUGUCCCUGAUGUGUCUGCACCUGAAGUCUCAGUUGUUGUUCAACCUACACAAGUUAAUGCAACUGAUCCUGCUACUGCUAAAAGGUCUCAACCAAAGAAGUCUCAACCUGCUAAAAGGUCUCAACCUGCAUCUGCUACUGCUGUCAAUGGUGUACCAACUGCAAAUGCACCUGCUACUGCACUUGCACCAACUGUUGUCAAUGGUGCACCAAAAGCAAAUGCACCAUUUAAGCCACCAAACAAAAAAAAACAUGCUGAGAUGGUGUAUGAUGUUACACACCUGCAAAAGAGAGCAAAAACCACAAUGACAUGGCAUGGGGUAAGGUGUGAGACAUCUACAGAAAGAUCAUCUGCUGGGGUACCAAAGCUCAACCAAAGUAGACUUAGAAGAAGUGGAAGAACCUGCUACUUUGGUCCUCAACCAAAGCUUGGAGCACCAGGAACAAUGGAGAAAAAUCCUAUUGACAUAGACAAUGGACCUGGUGACCUAACUCAGGAGACAACUGUAACAGACAAGAAGAAGAAGAAGAAGAAAGCUUUGUGGAAGCCUUAGAUCAACCGUUAUCAAUUUUGUCUUGUAUUGCUUGGAAAAAUGUCAUUUUGCUAUUAGUGACUGAGAAAUGCCUUUUAUUUAGUUUGUAAUGUGGCUUGAACAAUGCCCUUUUUGCUAUUAAUGGGUUAUAAAUCCCUUUACAAUGGUGUGUAAUGGCUUGAACAAUAGCCUUUUUUAUUAAGUAUGUAAUGGCUUGAACAAUAGCCUUUUUGAUAAAGUAUGUAAUA